CGGAUUGCUAUCGCAUCGAUUUAUUCACCACUCUGAUAAUCCUGUUCAUCGUUGCACUACGUUUUGUGAAUAAAUUCCACGAUGGUGGCUUUCUUGAUGUAGUAAAUGGCGACCAAAAAGAUGGAAAUACGAGUGACAAACUAUUUUCACAUCCGGAGUGCAUAGAACAAGUAAAAUACUUACUGGACUUGUUUGAUAGAAGAGGAUAUUUUGACUUCUAAGAGCAAUUUGAUAUUUUUUUCUUUAAUGUUGACUUUAUAAUAGAUAUCAGAUACAAAAAAAAAACAUGUUAAUCUUCUAGCAAUUGAAUAUUGUUUUUUUCCAUUUUAAACCUGACUUAAAUGAAAUUCACAUUGAUGAUACGCGACUUCAUUCUUUAUUAAUAUGCAAACAAAUGUAGGUUGUCAAGAUUCGAUUAAUUUUGCAAAAAAAAGAAUGCGCUCGCUGGCAAUCACUAACCAACUAACUGGUAAGAGCAAUCAGAAACCAGAAAGGAAAUAUACUGUAAAGUUCUGAUAGAAAAACAGGAAUUGGAUUAUCAUUUAAUUUUGUCUAUACUUCAUGGAGUGCAUGUAUACGUGGAUAUAUUUAGAUGCAUUGACGUAUAAUAUUCAUUGAAAGUUGCAAUGCAAACGUAAUAUGAACGUUGGUUUAAACAGUGGCGUUUUUGCUUAGUGAUAAAUUAAAGUGUACAAUUCAUACGUUGAAAUAUCGAUUUUUAUUAAAAUAAUUACGCCGUCACUUGUGUACGAACGUGAUAAGAUUAAAUCAAAUGCAUUGGUAUUGAUAUACUAUAGAAGGCAAUAGAUAGAACGUUCACACAUUUUAUUGCAUAUCGAUGGAUUUGUUAACUUCUCAAUGAACUUGACAUAUUCUCAAGUAUUAUUGUAUGAGUGAUCUUAAUGGUCCGAUAUAUGCAGUAUUCAUGCACUUCAAGCCGAUAGUGCGAAUGUUCUGGUUGAAUUCGUUGAAUCAUUUUAUAGUAUAGUACGAAUACGUGAAAAAAAAUUAAUUCUGAAGUCAUUUUAUUUGAAAAAUAAAAGUACACAACAUGUUCGGUGAUAAGGAGGUUGUUUCAAGCAGAGAUCCUCCUCUCUGGUCAAAGUCUGCUUGGACAUCGGCAGUUGCUUCAACAUCACAAGCUAAGCAGUCUUAUUUGCCAUCCUCCGGAAUCACUAUAAAUCUACAACAAUCAUCCAUUUCUAGUGGAACAUCUGAAGCAUUGAAUAAAAAGAGUGAUAAAUGCACUCCAAAUAGAAAAAAGAUCCGUAAAUCACUAAUUGAAAGGCACAACGAUUUGAAGGAAGAAUUAAAAAAAGAAAAGCGGAUCAAGGCUGAUAUCAAAAAGGAAUUAAAUGAUCAAUUAAAAGAAAAAGUGGCAGAAUUGAAUCAAGUAAAGAAGGAAAAUGCAAAGCUCAAGAAAACGCUGGAUGCGUUGUCAAAAGGAAAUGGUCUGGAAAAGAAGGCUCUAGAGAAAAAAUGCAAAUAUCUUCUUGAAGAGAAUGAGAAACUUCGCAAAACUCUGUUUUGAUAAUGUUCUAUAAUCUGUAUUUUUCUGAUGCACCCAUUAAAUGACUACUCAAAUACCGAAGAAUAAAAAUCUAAAUUUUCAAUGGAAAUUUCGUUGUAAUUUAAUGAGAAAUACUACAAGAAAACUAAUAUAUUCUAAAUGAAUAAUGAGUUUAAUGAAGCUUUUUCCGAAUACUGACAAAACUAUAAGAACAUCGAGAGCAACUCAUUCAAUACUACCACUCUGAACUGGUGGAAUAUUUGCGGCUGUUGAAAUUUCCUGAAAAAAUACCAACAUUAGCCAGCAUUCAAUCAGCGUGUUUUCGUAUUGUUAUUUAUUUUACAACUUCUUUAAAUAGAUUGCAAACACAAAAAAAUCUUUAUUGUGCUAUAUAAUUAUGAUUCUCUCACCUUUAAUUUCAGGUUCGGAUGGUUUUGUGUACAUUUUUGUAAUUUGCACACUAAUCCUUGCAUAGUAUCCAUCAAUAUAUAUUGCUAAUUCUAGUUUUGUGUUCGACAAAAAUUUGUUCUGCAACUCUUCCACUGGCAUAGGCACUAUGGCCUUUGGUGACAUUGUGGCCUCACUGACUUGU